AUGGGCGCCGGGAGCUCCACGGAGCAGCGGAGCCCGGAGCGGCCCGAGGCGGGGAGCGCCGCGCCGGCCGAGCCCCAGCCCGGCGGCCCCGCGGCGGAGGCGGACACGGCGCCCGGCGCGCGCGGGGACCCGGCCCUCGCCAGCGCGGACCCCGCCGCCAAGCUCCCACAGAAGAACGGCCAGCUGUCUUCCGUCAAUGGCUUGGCUGAGCAGGAAGAUCUCAGCCUGCAGGAGGAUGCCCUGAAUGACCAAGAGGAAGCCGUCAUGGUCACAGAGGUUGGACAGCGAGAGUCUGAAGAUGUGAGUGAAAGAGACUCAGAUGUCAAGAUGGCAGCUAGCUCAGCAGCUGUUCAAGAUAGCGCCAAGGAGGGGCAGGAGGAGAUGCCUGAGAUAAUUGAACAGAUUCCUUCUUCAGAAAGUAAUUUAGAAGAGUUCACCCACCCUCCCGAGUCUCAGUCUAGUGAUGUCGGCUUUAAGAAAGUGUUCAAGUUUGUUGGCUUUAAAUUCACUGUGAAAAAGGAUAAGACCGAGAAGUCUGACACCGUCCAACUACUCACUGUCAAAAAAGAUGAGGAAGAAGGUGCAGGGGGCUCAAACGGGGCUGGCGACCACCCGGACCCCAGCUGGGAGGCCCCGGAAGCAACACCCAAGGACAGUGAACUGAAGCCGUGCACAGAGCAACCCGAGGAGGUGCCGAAACCCGAGCAGAACAACACAGAUGCUUCUCUUCAAGCCGAACCCGACCAAGCAGAAGAACAGAGCAAAGACGAGGGAGAAAAGCAAGAACCGACCAAGUCUCCAGAAUCUCCAACCAGCCCGCUGGCCAGUGACACGGCGUCGCCCUUCAAAAAGUUCUUCACCCAGGGUUGGGCGGGCUGGCGAAAGAAGACCAGUUUCAGGAAGCCCAAGGAGGAAGAGCUGGAAGCCUCAGAGAAGAAGAAGGAACGCGAGCCCGAGAAAGCAGACUCGGAAGAAAACGAAAAGCCAGAAGCCACCUGCGAGAAACCGCCGGCCGCCAAGGGCGAGGCCGCGCGCGAGGCCAGGCUCUCCGCUGAGUAUGAGAAAGUGGAGCUGCCCAUCGAAGACCAGGGGCCCGGGGCCCCUGAGGAGAAAGUUGCCCCGUUGGCAACCGAAGUGUUUGAUGAAAAAGUAGAGAUCGUCGCGGAGGUCCACGUCGCCACCGUGGGGGAGACAGAUGAGCAGGAACCUGAGGGAGCCGCCCAAAUAGUAGCGUCUCUGCCCCCUGAAAUGGAGGUUGACACCAGCACCCAGGCUCAGGCAGCUGAACCCACCGAGGAGCAGGUGGAGCCCCAAGAAGUGGGAGCCUCGGAAGGGGACCCCCCGCAGCCUCCGGAGCUGGGUCCUGAGGAGAAAGCCUUGUCUGCUCACCCCGAAGGCGUCGUCAGUGAGGCGGAGAUCCUGUCAUCCCAGGAGAGAAUCAAGGUGCAAGGAAGCCCUUUAAAGAAACUUUUCACCAGCUCAGGCCUCAAAAAGCUUUCUGGGAAGAAAGUGAAAGGGAAGCGAGGAGGCGCAGGAGAUGAGGAGUCCGGGGAGCUUCAGCCCGGGGCACCAGAGUCCCCCGACAGCGCAGAUGAGCAGAAGGGCGACAGUUCAGCCUCGUCCCCAGAGGAGCCUGAGGAGCCCACCUGUGUGGAGAAGGGCCUGGGCGAGGCCCCGCCCGAGGCCGAGGCGGAAGAAGGAGUCACUUCUGAUGGGGAGAAAAAGAGAGAAGGCAUCACCCCUUGGGCCUCUUUCAAAAAGAUGGUGACGCCCAAGAAGCGUGUCAGAAGGCCUUCCGAGAGCGACAAAGAGGACGAGCUGGACAAGGUGAAGAGUGCCACCUUGUCCUCCACAGAGAGCGCAACCUCUGAGAUGCAGGACGAGGGCAAAGGAAGCGGCGAAGAGCAGAGGCCCGAGGAGCCCCGGCGCAAGGUGGACACCUCCGUGUCCUGGGAAGCGUUAAUCUGUGUGGGGUCCUCCAAGAAAAGGGCAAGAAAAGCGUCCUCUUCUGACGAGGAGGGGCACCCCAAAACCCUGGCGGGCGACAGCCAGAAACCCGACGAAGGCGGAAAAGACAAAGAGGCAGGCGCAGACCCCGGCCCUGCCAGCGCCCCGGAGCACGACGCGGCCCAGGGGGGCUCCUCCCCGGAGCCGGCGGGAAGCCCCUCGGAGGGGGAAGGCGUCUCCACCUGGGAGUCCUUCAAGAGGCUGGUGACGGCCCGGAAGAAGUCCAAGGCGAAGCUGGAGGAGAAAAACGACGAGGCCGGCCCCGCCGCCGGGGCCGAGCCUCCCGCCUCAGAGGCCGAGCCCGGCCGGGAGGAGUCCUGGGUCUCCAUCAAGAAGCUCAUUCCCGGGCGGAGGAAGAAACGGCCGGACGGGAGGCAGGAGCAGGCCCCGGUGGGGGACGCGGGCCCCGCCGAGACCAACGAGGACGACCCCGAAGUGCCCGCCGUCGUCCCGCUGGCCGAGUUCGAGGCCGUCGAAAGGGAGAAGAUGGAGGCCCUGCGAGCCCCGAGCGGCGAGGAGCGGCCCGAGGCCCAGGCCGCGGCGGAGGCCCCGCAGGCGCCCCCGGCCGCGGUGGACGGGGCGAGGCCGCCCCCCGACGUGGAGGAACGGUCUCCGUCGUGGAUCUCCGCGUCCGUGGAGCCUGUGGCGGGGCCUGUGGAGCCCGCGCGCGGCGAGGCCGCGGCGCCCGCGGGGCCGGCGGGGGGAGGGGAGGCCGCCCCCCACGCCCCUGUGGCGGCCGCGCCCGAGGGCAGGGACGCCGGCGACGACACGCUGGCGAGCGAGGUGGCCUCCGAGCUGACCUCCGAGGCGGUGACGGCCGCGGAAACGACGGGGGCGUUUGGUGCGGAAGAAGCGACCGAGGCCUCCGGGGCUGAGGAGACCACGGACAUGGUGUCGGCCGUUUCCCAGCUCACCGAGUCCCCCGACACCACCGAGGAGGCCACCCCCGUUCAGGAGGCGGAGGCCGGCGGGCCUAGCCCGGAAGACCUGGAGCGCCGGACCCAGGAGGUCCUGCGGGCCGUGGCGGAGAAGGUGGGGGACGAGGCCCGGCGGCCCGACGCCCCGGCGCUGGCGGACGGGGUGAAGGCAGAACCGAAAAUACCAGAGGAGGCCGAAGAAGCCCGCGAGGAGGCUCCAGCGCCAGACCUGAAGACGGAGGUGGAUGUGGUGUCCAAAGUUCAGGUUCAGGAGAGCAAGGAUUUGACAGAGGGAGAGGCCACCAUUCCCCCUGCCGGGGAAAGCUCUGGAAUGGCCCCUCAAGAUCCAGAGAGCGCCGAGUCCCGCCAGCCCACAGCCGCUCGUGAAGAAGCCGAAACCUCGGUUGGGGCCAAAUCAGAAAUUGUGUUGGAACAAACCGCUGCUCCUGACUCAGCCGACACCCUCACCGCCGGGGAGAGCCCUGGAGGCACCCCUGGGGCCGACCUUGAAGCUCUAAAGCCAACACAACACAAGCGCGUGGACCAGGUCUGUGAAGACGGGGCGGAGGCCCCUGGAGGGCAGUCCUCGGCCCCAGGAGCACAGACAGAGACGUGGCCAGCACCCGGCGGCCUUCCCUCGCAGCAGGAGGAUGUGGACCAUUCAGAAGACAAGGUGGUUUCAGAACACACGGCUGCAGAGGCCUCAGGGGAAGCGGCCUCUGUCCCGUCGAAGACUGAGGUGACUCAAGAAGCUGGCGAGGAACCCAAAGUCUGCCCUCCCGUCGAAGGACUUGGAGUGUCUGCAGACACAGAAGUAACAGUCAGUCAGGAGAGGAUCCCUGAAGUUGCCUCAGACGACCAAGUUCCUAAAGAAGCUGAAUCUGGAAGGGAGGAUGAUACUGAACUCCAGAGUCAAACCGAGACUGUUCCAGCCCCGGCAGACAGAGGGAUGGCAGGUCAGGUAGAGAAGGAGAAAACCGAAGCGAAAUCCACCCAAGGGAGUGAAGAGAAACCCGAGGGUGACCUCGAUGUCACAUCUGAAGAGCCCAGUCAGCACCCCCCGGGUCGGACAGAGGACGCGAGCAGCGCAGAAGGGCAGAGGGAAGCCCGCAGACUGGAAGAAAGUUCUCCGGCCCAAGAGGAAACGGUCUGCACAGAAAUUCAGGUUCAAAGCUCCGACGCAUCACAAACCCUAACAGCUCCCGCGGUGGAAGAGAAGAAGGUCUUAAGAAAAACCGUCAAGAUUUUAGAAACGGCUGAAAUUUUGGGAUCUGUAGAGGCACAUUCAGUACUGGAAGAAAAAUCCACCGAGUACAGUGAGGCUCAGCAGGGGGCAGAGGUGUUGGCCCCAGGGACUGAAUCUGGGGCAGAGUCGACACCGGUAACGGUACCUGCAACCACUGGAGAAAGUUCCAGCGCUGACCCGGAAGGAGCCACCACCGCAUCCCAGACACAGGGGGCAGAGCAAGAUCGCGAGCAGGUGGUUUGCCAGGAGGGCACGGUGAGCAUGGAAGAUUCCGAGGCCGAAAAUGAGAUUCUGCAGCUUGAGACUGAGAGCAGCAAAUUUGUACAAAACGUGAUUCAGACCGCCGUGGAGCAGUUAGUAAGCACGGAAGAACCCGCCACUGGGCCCCAGACACAGGCUCCCCUGAUAAAAGCUGACAAGCAGCAACUGGAGCAGAAAGUCGAGAAGGAAGAAAGCGAACUUCCAGCCCCCACACAGGAAGACACACAGACGCUCUCCACCAGCGAGGAGUCGGCGCCAGUCGCCCUGCAACAGACACACGCAGAUACCGCCAGAGAAGUGAGCGAAGCCGUCCAGGUAGAAAGCCCCCGGGUCGAUGCCCAGCAGCUUGACGAGGUCGUUCUUCCAUCUGAGGGCGAGAGAGAAGUGCCUGGAACCAAGUCUGGGCCAGAAGAUGAUGGCGGAGCCGGCUUAGGAGAAAGGAUAGAGAAAACACCUUGUGACUCCCCGGGAGACGGAAAAGGGGAUCACGCGGUCAUUCACCCCGAGAAGCAAGUGUCAGCUCUGGAAGCCCUGGAACAUUCAGGAGGCUUAAAAGAGCACCUGGAUACAAACGGACCCAAACAUCAAGAGCAGGAAGACAGCCAGGAAGAACUUCAGGAAAGAAAAGCGCAUCGUGAGUCAGAAGACAUCAGAACACAAACACAGGAGGAGGCACAGAAAGGAGAGAGAGAACCUGCAAAAUCAGAACUGGCGGACCCCUAAAGCAUCCUUUCAACUAUAUUGGCAAGACCAGAACGAGAAUGUGAAGACAAGUCAGAGGUGAACAUGAAUGCUGCUGCGGAGGCUCGUGACCAAGACGCAAGAACUUUUCCAGCGGAAGAACAGGCACAUCAACAGACCCUGACAGACCCUGUUUCUGGAGAACCCCGACAAUCCUGAGGCUUCGUCAGGAGCUACAGCCAUUUAACGUGUCCCCUUUCAAGGCCCGCCCCCCUCUCAUUUUCCCUUGCUCUGUGUAAUGUUUCUGACUUACGGUUCUCCAUUCUUAACCUGGAACUGGAGUUGGCAAUACCUAGUUCUGCAUCUCAAACUGGAUAUCAUUCUUUAUGUGUUUAUAUGUAUGUUUUAAGUAAUCCUCCUUCUCUAUCUAAUGUAUAUUUUUUUCUUAACGUCUAAGGAAACAUGCAGUAUAGUAAGUACACUCCUCCUGGGUGGCAGCGUGGACGACGGGGCAUGGGCCAUGGUGAAGCCUCGGGAAGCUUUAAAGCCUCACUUGAAACCUGUGAAAACAGCUUCCUAGAAAUAACAUUCCUGAUCAGCGAGUCUUACUUUGAAAUUCACUAAGGUUUAGAUCUGUCUUUAGUAUCACUCUGAAAUGGGUCACUUUCUUAUUAUGCCCAGCGUGCUAAAAAUAAACUGUGUGUGUGUGUGUGUGUGUGUGGGAGACAUACUGAGGCUUCCAUUGUUACUGUGAGAUUUUUCUUUCUAGCCCAGUGGAGGUUGGAAGGAAGUUUUUUUCAGUAGCAGUAGUUUGAAGUCUUUUCUCCUAUUGUUAUGGUUGUUUGGACAGAUGAGUGUGUUUCAUCCUGAGGCAAAGUAGUGAAGUGUUUUUCACAUUAUCACGGAAAGAAUGGAUGGUUUUUUUGACUCUGCCCUCUUGCUGGGUCACACAAACACAGCAUGAACUAGGUCAGGUGCUUUACAGAUGGUGUUUGGUAGAUUCGGGUUGUGUUCCUGCGGUAUUUGUGUCCACUCUUUUAAGAACAAUCUUGCAUUAUGUUCAUUUAGAUAAAUUGUGGUUUGACAACUGAUUGAAAUAAAAUAUUUGCUUCCCUUAGAUUUGCUGGCUUUAGUAGUUACAGGAAGCCUGGCACAUAUGUUUACUGUGUUCUGUUCUGAACACAGAAGCUGGAACUUUUUCUUGGAUCCAGUACCUAGUGUCGCCACUUUACACGGAUUUGAGUUGAUGUCCACAGAAAUAUCCUCAGAAACAAACCAGAGGGUUUUCAGAUUGACGUACUGAUACAAUGCUACCACCUGGUGGUGUCUUCCUGAAAGUAAAAAAUACUGGUUUUAAACAGCGAUGUGUCUAGAAAGAAUUUUUAAGUAGGCAUAAUAGUAAACAUGCCUUACGUAAGAGGUGGUCUUGGAAACGUUUGUUAUAUCAUCAGGCCUGACAAUAAAAAAUGAGCUGUAUUAGGAAGACACCUCAUUAGUAUCCUUUUAGGAGUUAUUUUCAAAUCUAUGAAAGCUACCUUUUAAAGUACUCAAAUUAAAAAAUAAACUCUGAUUUCAAUCUUUCCUUUGCCAAUUUGAGACUUAGAAAAUCUCCAAGUGCCAGUCUCCAUUUUUGAACAACUAGAGUAUUGGCGAUAACAGCAACCUGUAAGGAAUUCUGACAGCUGUGGAUUUGGCUCACUUCUUCUCUGUGGCAGGAAGAAACUCUGUGCUAUUUUGAACAGAUUGGAGAUUUGUGUACUUUGUGGCAAACAGAUUCUCUGGGUUUUAAUUCCUUCCUGCCACUUCAUUCCAUUUGUGUUUGGUCUUGUGGCCACACGUGGCUGGCUCAUGCUGAUCCUCAAAGUUGAUUUUCGUGGUCACCGCUCCUGACUCUGCUUUUUGGACAAAUAUGUUGGAUGUGCCCUCAAGCUCUAGAUCUUUGUCCGUGAAGCGACUUUGCUUUAUUAACAAGAAUGUUAUAAACAGUAGCAUGAAAUCCAAUUCUGAAUUAUAGUUCUAAAGCUGCUGUUAACCUACAAGGUACUUAAUAAUCCAAUGCAAAUUGCAGAAGGUGGAGCAAGUGCCUAAAUUUUGCUAUUUUUGGCGUUUACUACGGAGCUAUGUACAAUAGAAAACAAUGCAAGACUUGUAAACUCUCCCCACUUGUAAUUGCGGAAUAAAACAUGUUCCCCUUUGUACACAGAUAUUUUUUUCCAACAUUUUCUUUUGAUGUUUGGAGCUCCAGGUAGUCAAGGGCUGGACAUUUUAGCUUUCAGUGUAAGCUUCAAAGUUAGCAGUUUCCUUUAAUCUGAAACUAUAUGAUUCCUAAUUUUGUUUGGGGCAGAUUUUCAUUAACCUAAAUAAAAUGCAAUCUAAUUAAAUGCCAUGGAUUUUCUUUCUAUAAUUUCAUCUGAAUUCAGUCUGUUUUUGCUGUUGUGAUAUUCAUCACAUAUUUAACAUCUGCUUUUACCUAGCUAUUGACAUCGACCACCAAGAAUCAUGGGAAUUUGGUAUAUCUCUGGACUAUGUGUGGAGAUACAAAAAAUUAACCUUUUUGCAUUAGGGGCUCGGUUAAUUAGAAUCUCAUUAAGUCUCUGGCUGACCUCUGACUCCCAGAAAUAAACACAGUUUAACAUAAAGUUUUUAAAAAAUAUUCAUACCAACCUCUGAAAUCCCAGCCAAUAACCAGAACUAGAAACCCCUUACCCAACUCUGCAGGAAAGGGAGUGGACGCAGCCCGAGCAUUCCCAGGGAGCAAGGGGCUGCACCUGACCCCUGAACAACCAACACCAAGGGGGGGGUCAAGCUUUUGUGACUCUCCAGUUCUAAUAUGAUUCUGGCAGUGAGCCUGGACCACCUGGCGAUUUUUGUGCAAUGCAGGUUUGCAAUGGUUAGAUGACCAACUCUGAGUUGACCAGGAGUUUUGGCUGAGCUGCUGGUGGUGGUGGCCUGUGA